UGACGAGACUACUUUAUUUUGGCUCGCGCCAUAAAAAAUUAAAUAAAACACAAUCUAUACGAAGUUCAGUCGGGUGUAUAAUCUAAUGAGGUAAGUUAGAAAUAUACCAUUUCGACACGUCUGCAAAGGUUCAUACUUCGCUCCCUGAUGAGCAGGAGGAAAAGGACUACUUACCGCCCUGGGGUGGAAAGUUUAUCCCAACGAGAUAAAAUCUUGACUUUCCAUUCAAGGACAGCAAGUACUCACUUUCCUACGGCUCAUGAGGGAGCAAGUAUUUCCAAAAUUCAUAUUUUAAAAACUGAUAGAUGAGAAAAAACCGAAACCAUCGCAAUCGAUUAGACUUUCCAUUAUCGUUCAUAUAUUGGUUUCAUUGUAUCCAUCCGAUACAAGUUCUAUCACCGAUUCUUAUUCUUUGCUCCUUUUAAUGUAUUCUGUCAAUAUCGAACGAAUAUCUAGUUCUUUUAAACUUUUCCAAGACCUUGAAAAAUUUAAAUAAUAAAAAAUAUUUUUAAUGUUUCCAUAGGUGGUUCCCCUUCGGUAUAGGACUACUAUAAUUGAAGAAAGACCAGUUGGCUGUUGGAAGAAAAAACAAAGAUUAUUUUUCGGAAUAGUUACUGACCAUAAUUCGCUAUGAUAAAGUCCUGCAGAAUGGCCUACAGAAAAUGUCUUACAGAAAAUCCUAAGGAGAAUUUCACCUUAUUUUAUAGGUUUUUUUCAUUGAAGUUUCCGUGGGAUUACACGUUGGGAUAUUCCCUCCCAACUCAACGAGUUCUAAACCUCAUUUCGUCCGCCAUUUUGUCCAUGUUAUACACAUUAUCACGUAAAUUAUUAUUUUUUUCAUUUUCUAACCAUACCAAACACCUGUCCAAAUUUGUGUUCUCUUAGUUCUUAAUAGUGUCCUUUCUCAAAUAAUGAAAGUUAAAUAAUAAAUUCACAAUUGGAGGAGUGGGAGAGAUUGGGAGAGUGAACACGCGCGUUUUUGGAAGUCGAUAUUAUAACGUAUUUAUAGUCAGUUAAAUUAAGGGGUUACAUGGGUUUCACGGUUUCAAAAAAUCGAUUUUUUUUGUCUUAUUAAAUUCUAUAACAUCUCUAGAAUAUUGUCCUAAAUUUUCAAGUUGAUCCGAGUAAUAGUUUCGGAGAUACAGCCCUGAAAAGACGGACGCUCGAGGUCAGGUAAUUCAAAGUGCCUAGAGCCGUUUAAAGUGUCUAGAGCCCAGAUAAGCGAGGGUUCGUCAUCGACAGGAGCAAAAGGAUGCCCUGGACAUUGCAGCUGCAGCAGGUUCUCUACUUUAUGGCCCAGGAAUCGACGAUUCAAUAUAAUCCUGAAAGAAGUUCUGCUGACAACGCGGAGGCACCUUUUUUCCGAGGGACUGCCGGAAAUGGCGUCGUAAUGGCCGCCAUCUUGAUUUUUUUUUUUGAAAAUUUCACAAAAUGUUUAUUAAAUAUGUAUCUUUUAAAUAAUAAAAAGUUUCAUCUAAAUAUUUCAUUUUUUAUAUGCAAAAAAAAUUAUUGAAAAAAGGCCGUUUUUUGCCCGAGGAAACCCAUGUAACCCCUUAAUAAAGAGAAGUGAAGAGAGCCUCAAGGGAUAGCAAAAACGGUCCAGUACACAGCAAGAAAAUAAAAUAACACCGGGAAGGCGCAGUAACAAGCGAAAUGAGUGCGGACGUACUACCGCUCUCCUUUGAGGUUAGAGAGGUAGAACAGGGGUCUACGCAGAUGACCCGGCAACACAAGGGGAAUCAGUCGCCACAACAAACCCAGGAAGGAGAUAAAUCACAAGAGGAGGACUCGGGAAUUGAUGGGGAUGGUCACCUCGGAGGUGGCAUAAGCACUGGUACGAGAACAACACGGAGAGGCACUAUCGCGAUCUUGGCCACUGUGAGAAAAAGGGGGAGACCGGCAGGGUCUAAGAAUAAGGCAGCCGCGGAAACAAAGAGUAAGCCCACCAAAGUCAAUUCACUAGAUCGUUACUUGAGAAGCCAGGGGGACAGGAAUGAGGGGGCAAAUCAAGAAACGAAUUUGAGUAGAACUCGAUGCGAGGCGGAGGAUGAACAGUCGGCAGGUGAGGAAUUCUCGGACAUUGAUCCAACGACCCCACGAAACAGUGACACGCCACGGCCUACCGCACCUGAGACUACACACAGGGAGGCCGUCAAAUCGCCGCUGGGGACCUGUACAGAUAAGAACAGUAGGAGGGUGCUUGACUUCAGCGAGGGAGUGGGUCUCCUCUCAGCCCCAGUACUGGAGAGAGAGACCAAGUUCGGCGGCGAAGAACUUGUGGAACUAUUCCUGCAAGGCCUGCGAGGCAGUGAAGCGCGGAUUCUCAACACGAUCACGAGGUGCCUGGACCAACUGGAGGCUAGGAAUGAAGAAACCCAAAAGGAUCAUCUCAUACAUCUGGAGGCAUCCAACCUAAAACUGCAGGAGGAACUGAGGGUGCUGCGGGUGAAGGUGGAACGCUUGAAGAAACCAAGCAAGGACACCACCUAUAACAGCUAUUACAGUGAUUCAUAGGCAGAUCUAUGGAGGUCU